GCAGCGUGAGGGAACCUUGGCGCGGCGGUUGUUUUCCCUUUUUGCGGAGCGCUUAGGUGCGGCAUCCAUGAGCUCGGCUGCUCCCUCCUCCCGGGACUAUGGCGCUGCCCUAUAGUUGACGUUUGUUUCUCACCCCUCUCACCUUCUUCUGUUUCUUUUCCUCCCUCCCUCUCCACCACGUCCCGGGUCGGACGAGCGGUCGCUCCGGGACCCCCUGUCCUCUCCGUCUCCCCCCAUAGGAACAGGCUGUAAGGGACGCGCGGGCAGCUUGGUGCCGCACCAUGAACAUCAUCAUCGGCAUCGGCGGGGUCACCAAUGGAGGCAAGACCACGCUGACCCACAAGCUCAUGCAGGCCCUGCCCAACUGCAGCGUGGUGCAUCAGGAUGACUUCUUCAAGCCCCAGGACGACAUAGAAGUUGAGGAUGGAUUUAAACAGUAUGAUGUUAUUAGUGCAUUGGAUAUGGAAGCUAUGAUGAGUACCAUCAAUGCCUGGAUGAAAAACCCAAUUAAGUUUGAACGCUCACAUGGCAUCAAUAACACCUUGGAUGCCAAAAUAUUACAGUAUUCAGAAGAGAGAGAUGAAACAAUCCAUAUUCUUAUUGUAGAAGGCUUUCUUCUUUACACUUACAGACCAUUGAUUGAGAUAUUCCACCAUCGGUGCUUUCUUUCCAUUCCAUAUGAAGAAUGCAAAAGGAGGAGGAGUUCAAGGAACUACACCGUACCAGAUCCUCCUGGAUUGUUUGAUGGCCAUGUCUGGCCCAUGUAUGUUAAACACAAGAAAAUAAUGGAAGAUUUCCAAGUUGAUGUGGAGAUAGACAAGAAGCCGAUGGAUUCCUAUGAUCUAAAAAAGAAGCUUGUUGACCCUAACUUAUUUAUGCAUACCAUGGCAGUUGAGCUUCAGUUUCUGUUAGGAUUUCCUUUUUCACUUCUUAAAAUUGGACUUUGUUCAGCUUUCACUUGAAACUCCUAGAGUUAAAUAUGGCCUUGAUUAAAGCAUUUCCCUUUCAUGAA